UCUGCUUCUCUUGCAACAGCUAAGUCUUGUUCUGUCUAAACUUGAAAAGCAUUCCUCUCUCUCUCUCUCUCUCUCUCUCUCUCUCUCUCUCUACAUCCAUGGCUCCCAACAAGUUUGCAACCAGGUUGCAUAGAAGCGUUCCCAAGUUCAUUGUAAUUCUAGUGUAUGCUGUCCUUGAAUGGACUUUGAUAACGCUCCUCCUCCUCAACUCUUUGUUCAGUUACUUGAUCACAAAAUUUUCCAAGUACUUUGGCCUCAAACCACCUUGCCCAUUGUGUACUUGUAGAAUUGAGCACAUCUUGGAACGAGGCAAGAGCUCAAAGUCUUACGCAGAUGAUGUAUGUGAGAGUCAUGCCACUGAGAUAUCAUACAUGUGCUACUGUUUGAAUCAUAAAAAACUGGCCAAAUCACAUAAUAUGUGUGGCAACUGCUUGGCUUCUCAACCAAAUUUUAGAAGAAAUUCUACUGGAAUGCCAACAAGUAUGGCUUUCGUUUCGUGGUUGAGUGAGAACAAGCUUGAAAAAGAAGAGAAAUUACCUUGUGUAUGUUCUUGCUGCAGUGAGAGCUUGAACAGCAAGUUCUACUCUCCUUCUUCGCCGUUUGAGCCGUCUUGGGGUUCCUUGGAGUAUGCCAAGAAAGGAAAUUCAACUAUAGAAUACCAAGGCACAAUCAAACCUGAUAGCCUGUCAACCCACAGUGACAAUGGCUAUGAGAUGGAAACAACUAAUGAAGAACAUGAGGAUGAUAGAGUGGCAGAUGAACAUCAAUUCUCAUCUGAUGUUUGUAGUUCUAGCUUCAGAGGCAAUGCAGGGGAAGAUUGUCCAAGGUCUAGAUCGACGUUUCUAUGUCAUGAAACGGACGCGAAUGCAAAUAACAAAGCAGGUUCUCGUGACAUUAUACGGUCAGAUUUUAACAGCAUGAAGCUUGUCCAUCAAUCCUCUGAUGCUAGUGCUACUACCAUCCAGUGUUGCUUUGGAGAAGAUUACUCUCUUGAAAUUAUACCCCUGCCUUCCGAAAAUGGUAUGGUUUGUGCUCUCAAUCAUCGGUUGAUUCCCAUUGAGUUGAUUGAUUUUUCAACAAGAAUAGACCAAGGAAUCCGCAAUGCAAAAGAGGAAGAUGUGAGAGAGCAUGAUCAUCAAGAAGGACGUUUUGAUUCUGAGCCAAGUAUUGGAUCGCGACAUCAAUUCUCGGGAGAAGCAGCGUUGUUCAUGAUAAACAAGAGUUCACUGAAGACAAGUAAUGGGGAUCUUGAAAGCCUGGAGAAGGCCAGGGGUUUUAGUGAUAAUUCUUCUGUUGUAGAUGCAGAAGAGGGAAAACAAGAUUUGGUUGGCAUGCCAUCUGAUCAAGUUGUCACUGCUCCAGGAGGUCAAAAAUUAUUUGUUCACAUUGAAGAGCCGGAUAAGAAGGAACCAAAUGAUCCACCAGCAUCUGAAGAAGAAAGUACUUUUGUUGAUCACGUUCUAUCAAGAAGUUUGGCAAAUAUGGAAGUGUCUGACCAUGCAACUGAUCAGCCUCAAGCUCGAGAAGGUUCUUCUUCGCCAUGCUUCGAAAUUCCCAAUGUACCUGACACAUUCUUGGCUCAGAAUGAUAAUGGUAUAUGGCAUGAAGAAAGAGCUACAUUGCAAGAGGAAACAAGUAUGCUUGAAAAGGCUCAAGAAGAAAUAAAUCAUUCAUGCAUGUGUUCAGAGCCUAAUGAACCAGAGGAAGAGAAUUUUCCUGCCACACCAACUUCUGUAAACAGUCUUGGUUACUUGCACAAGAAACUAGAUGAAAAAAAGGAAUCAGCAGUAGAAGAGUAUUUAGAUGGAAGUGUGGUAAGUGAGAUGGAAGCUGGGGAUCCUGUUGCAACCAUUGGACGGCUCAAAGCAGCACUGACAGCUGAACGUAAAGCUUUAAGUUCUUUAUAUGCAGAACUAGAGGAAGAGAGGAGUGCGUCUGCAAUUGCUGCCAACCAGACUAUGGCUAUGAUAACAAGGCUUCAGGAAGAGAAGGCAGCAAUGCAAAUGGAGGCAUUGCAAUACCAGAGGAUGAUGGAAGAACAAUCUGAGUAUGAUCAGGAUGCCUUACAACUUUUGAAUGAGUUGAUGAACAAAAAGGAGAAGGAAAAGCAAGAACUAGAGAAAGAAGUGGAAGUUUAUCAAAAGAAAGUCCUAGAUUAUGAGGAAAAAGAGAAGAUGAGGACUGUGAGCAGAAUUAAAUAUGGAAGUGUAAGAAGUAGAAACUCUUCUGCUUCUUGCAGCCAUUCAUGGGAUAGUGAUGCCCUAUCGAUUGAUCUUAAUUCUCAAGCAAGGGAUGAAGAUAAUGGCUUCGGUGGCCAACAAGAAAUUAGUAACCACAAUACUACAGAUGAUGCAGCUCUAAGUUUGGAAGAAAUAGCUUUGGAUUGUGUUAAAAAUAUGAGUGUUCUUGAUGAAUCACUAGCAGGCUUCGAGGAAGAGAGGCUGUCCAUUCUUGAUCAGCUCAAAGCAUUGGAGGAGAAGCUAAUCACAUUGGGUGAAAAUGAGGAAUUCUCCGAGGAUGUUAAAUCAAUUGAGCAUUCCUCAACGUGUAGUGUCAAAGACUUUGAAGAGAAUCAUGAUUUUAGUAGUCCAGAAGAAAAUGGGGUAUCGAAUGGAUUUUCUAAGGAUCAACACCAUCCUGAGAGACAAACGUUGGGUUCCAUGGCAAAGAGGCUUCUUCCACUUUUGGAUGCAACUGACAAUGAAACUGAGGAAGGGUUGAUGCAUGAAGAACAAGCUGAAUCUGAAUCUACUGGAAUGCAGAAUUCAUUUACCAGUUUUGAAUUGCAUGAUAACAAAAUAGCCAUUGAAGAGGAGGUGGAUCAUGUUUAUGAGAGGCUACAAGCUCUUGAAGCAGACAGGGAGUUUCUAAAGCAUUGUAUGGGCUCCAUAAAGAAGGGUGACAAGGGAGUGGAUCUUCUCCAAGAGAUCCUGCAACAUCUCAAGGAUUUGAGGGUCGUUGAACUCCGUGUAAAGAACCUGAAUGAUCCUGAGGGUGAAGUUGCACUUGAUUGAUACAAUGAGAAGCUAAGAGUUUGAUGAUUGCAGAUUGCAGAUUGCACACCUGGUGAUCAGAAUGUCUACAGCAACAGAUAUGUGAGUGAUGAAGAAUCCACAUUUUGUUUAAAUACUGUUGAACAAAAAUUGUGGGAUGAGGGGAAGAUCUCUUAAUGGAGGGGAGAGAUUCCUAGUAUUGUUUGUUCCACUUGGGUUUGGUGUAAGAAUAAUGCCAUGCCCAAAAUUUUGCAGCAGCUCUUCAUUACUGCGGUUACCUGGCACAGGUGAAUGGUGAAGAGGAGCAUAUUAUUCUGAGUCUGUUGGUUAGGCAAUUACUUCUGAUUUUCUCAUGCUUUGUCUUAGCUCUUUUUUAUUUUUGGGUGGGGGAAGAGGAUGUGUAACUCUUAAUCUGCCUGUCAUAUUAUCAUCAGCCUUUUCAACUCAAAGCAGGACGAGUCUUUGUAAACAA